AUGUCCUUCUUCCCUACCCCAACAUCAGAGCAGAGCAUGCACAAAGGCAACUGCCAUUGCGGCGCUGUGAGCUUCCGCUUUUCGCUGUCUCCGCCUCUGUCCGAAUAUCCUGUCGUUAGCUGCAACUGCUCUAUCUGCAGCAAGAAUGGAUACCUGCUCGUGUACCCCUCACUCAAAGACUUCACCCUUGAGAGCGGCGAUGAAACAACCCGGACGCACCAGUUUGGCCGGCGUCAGGCGAAGCACGAGUUUUGUGGGACCUGUGGGAGCAGUUGUUUCAUCCGGCUGGUGGCAGAGGACGCGCCCCCAAUCAUAGCAGUGAAUGUCCGUUUGCUGGAGGACUGUGAUCUAGACAAACUGAAUUACAAGAAGGUUGAUGGAAGAUCUUUCUAA